AUGAAGAGGCCAGCAGUGAUGAGGCAUCCUCCAGUGAAGACGAUGAUGUGCACUAGACAAAGCGGGAGUGCAGGAAGUUCCAAAAGAAGUCCAAGGGCCAAUCGGAAUGUUCUGGCUGCGGAGGCAACCAUUCCCGUGCCAAGUGUUGAUUCAGAGACGCCAUCUGUUGGAAGUGUUCCAGAAGGGGCCACAUCGCUAAGGUCUGCCAAUCGGCUCCGUCUGACACGCCCCCCUUCACCGACUCGCAAAUCCAAGUCUUCACUCCAGUCUGCCAAGGAAAGCUGUUUCGCUCUCACCAACUGCCACUGCCUGUCUGGGACCACAAUUGGCCAAACUGACUCGCCUACGCGACGCAAGCUGAACGUCACUGUGCUCACUGAAGGAGCUCCAUGUGACAUGGAGAUCGACACUGGGUCUGCCCUGUCCAUCGUGUCUUGGAGCACCAUCAAAAGACUGGUACCCAGAGUGUCCAAAAGGCAACUCGACUCUCACCGCGUACAUGUGGUAGGUGUUGGCUGGUUCCGGAUCACCAUCAAGGAUUUUUCGAGCCUGCUCCGACUGGUGGUGGUCGAAGGUCAGCGGCCAAGCCUCCUAGGGCUAGACUGGUCUGAUGCCCUCAGCCUGGAAGUCACCGGCAUCAACUGCAUCUCUAACGCAGAGCCUGAGGGUCUGGUCAAAGACUUUGCCGAGGUUUUGGAUGGCACUUUGGGUCAAUAUACAGGUAUGCCCAUCUCCUUUAGCCUUGAUCCACAAGUCGCCCCCAUCAAGCUAAAGCCACGCUGGGUUCCCUUUGUUCUCAAGGCUAAGGUGGACGAACAACUGGACAAGCUGAUCGCCCAAGGAGUUUUGGAGCCGGUUGACCACGCCAAGUGGGAAACCCCACCAGGUUCCCUGGUGGUGUGGGCCCCCGCAGAUUUCCACCAUUGUUUGUUAAUCGGGUUAAAACAUUAGCAGGGUGAUUGUAAAUUCAGUAGUGUAAAGUAUGCUAGAUAUAGUGGGAAGGGAGAAAUGGGAAUAUAUGGGGAAAUUAAAACAGGCAAUCUUAAUGGAGAAAGAUAUAGAACCAUGGAAGGGGGAAGGGAAGUCAAGGAAAGAAUGUACGGUUGUAUUCAAUGAAAUGUAAAAGACUCAAAUGAAGGCCUAAAAGAUACCUUGUCAUUGUGUCCUUGCAGGUGUUCCCAAGGCAGAGUUAUGGCUCUGUGGAUUUUGACCAGGACUGGGAUUCUUGGAAGAGAGCUUUUGGAAGCCAGCUGAUGGAAUUCUGGCUGGGAAAUGACCACCUUCACCUGCUGAGCUCCUUGGGUAAUUGGCUCUCCUUCUUCCUUCAGGUCCUUCUGCUCUGACCACCGCUUUCUAUUUCACUGCCAUCUCCUUGGUCCUCUCCUUGGGAAGGUGGGAGAGGCAGUGUGGUGUGGGACAGUUAGAGUGUUGGACUAGACGCAGAGAGGCCAGGGUUCAAAUCUCGUGGCAAGACAGUGGUGCAAGAGUCACCUAGUGCACAUGUGAGAAGCUUCCUGCUGGACUGGGACUGUGUCUAGGUCUCCUUCCAUAGCCAUCCUCCACUCCCGUCUAGGGAGGAAGGGUGGCUGUGGCGUGGAAUCGCAGGGCUGGGGAGAAGCAGCAGGCAGUGUGUCUCCCCCCAGACUUGUGAAAGUGUUUGGGCCAGCUGAAGUAGGCAAGGAGGGUGAGGCCCUUCAGGGGUGGGGGCAGGGGUGGGGAGGAUGGUUUUUUGUGUGACAACCUUUAAAGACCAUUUUAACCUUCUGUGUCACACUUUGCGGGGGGGGGGGUAUUGCAGCUGCUGCUGCUGCUUUGGAAUCUGCAACCCAAGGUGUUGCCACAAGCCUCUCCCCCCCCUUUUUUUUUACUACAAAGGAUAAUAGACCUUCGGUGACUCUGUUGCACCCCCUGGUGAUGUCAUUGGGAGUGCAACAUGGUCCAGCUUCCCCCUCCCUCCCUUACAGUUCGAAGUGACUAAACCAGCCUCCCUGGCCAUUAUAUAGGUGAUGCUGUAGCAGAGGAAAAAUGAGGUCAACAGUUUCCUUUGCCUCCAUGGUGUGGAGGCUUUUCCCCUCUGUUGCCUUACAAAUUGGCAAUGGAGGGAUUGGCACAUAGGUGCAAAGUUGGUCUGACUUUGACUGGAGUUUGUUCUCUUCCUCACAGGCGAUUCGCUUUCCUAUGAUGCCUUUCUCAGCUAAGGACAGACAGCAGGAGCCCAAGAACCGGAAAUGGGCAGAGGUGUCUGGUGCGACGACGACUGCCACCUCUACAACGCCCACCCCUCCUUUGCAGAUGGGCUGAACUGUGAAAGUGGCCAAGAGUACCACGAUUGCUCCAGGCACUCAGAAAUGACAUUCAGGAGCAUGUCAUCCCCUGGCUCGAUGUUUUCCUUUCCUCCGGAGGCUCUGUGUGUCUUUCAUCCCCUGAUGGGGUGGACUGGAGGUUUGACUUCAGGGUGGUUUUUUUAGGCCUUUCCUCCAAGGUGAUUUUGUUCCCUCGGAUGCCCCCUUUCUCUAUCUUUUCGGCUUCCUUUUAGGUCUCGUAGGAUUUUAUCUUUGGGGGGUUCUUUUUAUUGGGGUUAGGUGUGCCAGGUCUCCCCUAUCUACCUUCCCACGGGCAGGACAGCUUUGUCUGAACAGGUUCCAGGGUCCUUCUCACUUUGCUUCAUUUCUUUUCAAAAAUAUAUAUAUUUGUCAUUAAAGAAUUAUUAGUUUUGAAA